UAGAAUUUUUAAAUUAAACAAAUUUUUCAGGGUCUGAAAAAGGUAUUUGGAGAACGGAAAUAUUAUCGACCGUUCCUGAUUCUCAAUAUUCUAUUCCUAUUUAUGCUUUUCUCAGGAAAGUUUGCUAUUGAAUUUUAUGCUGUCGAUAUCUUUAUAAAAGCUGGAGGACACAUCGAUAAAUAUGCUUCUGCCGUCAUCAUUGCAAUUAUUCAACUAGUUGGCUCUCUGCUGUUCAUCCCUUUGGUUCGAGUUUGUUCCAGAAAGCUUUUGAUUAUCAGCUCUUCGUUCAUCAUGUCAUCUGCACUUGUUGUCUUAGGUUGCAGUAUGUACGCUCAAGUGGAGGAUAGUUUAAUGUCUGAUAUGGCAGGAUUGGACUGGAUUCCUCUACUUUCUGUGGUUGUGUACAUGGUUGCAGCACCAUUAGGAUUAUGCAGUAUACCAUUUAUGUAUGUAGCUGAAUUUUAUCCGGCAGAAUUGAGAUCUCUCCUAGGUGGUAUGACUAUCGCAAUCUCUAAUAUAGAAUUGUUUCUUGUUGUAAAGACAUUUCCCAACCUAGAGGAGAGUAUAGGGGACCAUGGCGUGUUCUGGUUAUAUGCAGGAGCUUGUUUUCUUGCGAUAUUCUUCACAUUCUCCUAUAUACCAGAAACAAAAGACAAAUCCUUAAUGCAGGUUGAGGGAAAAUUUGAUAGAUUACGUAGCACUGCUAGGGCAAGCCCUUGGGUAACUCCCCUUCCAAGCCCUUCCGUUAGUUCUGUUAGGAAACUUCAAGUUCAAACUUUGAUGUUUACCCAGUAGAAAAGAAAAAUUGUUAAAUCAAAAUCCAUAUUGGAAUAUUUAUAAGAAAUGGAAUCAUCCUGAUCCAGUUCAAUCCAGUUUAUCUUGUCAGAUUUAGAGGUACAAUUCGCCGUAACAAUAUUGUAUUAAAUAUUUUAAUUAUUUUCUGUUUAAAUAAAGUUUAAGAUAUUUA